AAUCCAUUCGAUUCUGCAUUUUGCGCUCCUACAAAUACCUCUCCAUUCUCUCCCCUUCCAUUUGCAUUCAACCCAUCACCACUAAUCCUCACUUCCCACACAUCUCCAGCAGAUUUAAUCGGUCUGCGUUGAUUGUGUUCGACGAAAUGCCUCUGAGAAGAGCCUCCAACCACAUUCCCUCCGACGACCUCGAGCAGGGCAUCGUCACCAUCCUCGCCGCCGAUUCCCACACCGCCGCCAAAGCCGCAUCAAUCCGCCGCACUCUCUCCGCCGACAUGUCCUCCAAGAAAUGGCUCAAUCAAAACGGCUUCUUCUCCAUCAAGAAGGAUGAAGAAUUCAACCAAUCCCCAAAUCAAGAUGAAGUGUGGCGAUCAAUCCAAGCUGAGAACGCCAAGAAUCCGCCCCAAAAAACCGGAGUUUGGGGGCAAAUUCUCACCCAGAGGAGCGAUGAUUCCGUGGUGCAGCCGCCGUAUGUUCAUCCCAUGGUGAAGCGGAGCAAGAGCAGCAUGAGCGAGAAGAGCCUCGAGGUCUGCACCGAGAGCCUCGGGUCCGAGACGGGGUCGGAUUGCUUCUCCGACCCCGAGCUCGGAGAUGAAGAGGAGCUGAUCAAGAAAAGAGAACAACAACAAGUAGUUUUCCCUUUUGCUGAUGAAAAUUUGAAUGUAGUUGUCAAGUUCAAGAAGUCUCCGCCGCCGCGGACUUUCCCUCCUCCGCUGCCCUCCAUCGACGGUGGCGCCUCCGUGCAAAUGCACUCUCGCCGCGAGAACGGGAGGCUGGUUCUCGAAGCUGUCUCGGUCGCUCCAAGAAACUACUUCCACGCCAACCGCGAAGACGGCCGCCUCCUCCUCACCUUAAAGAAUCAUGCUCCGGCGGAGGACGCGGCGGCGCCGCCGCCGGAGGAGGCAACGAGGGAAAAGGGUGUUGGAAAAGAGGAAUCUUUGGUGGUGGAACAGAAUCUAUGCAUGCCAACUGGAAUGAUAAGUGUGCAUAAAUCAAUGAGAAAGCUCAUGACAGUAGGGAAUUACAAUAUUACCCCUAAUACAUGUGGGGCCACUGCGAAAAACCUGGGAUUUAUCGACGGAUUUACCGACGGAACAGAGACGGUCGUCCCUUACCGACGAUUUACCGACGUCGGAAAAGUCGCCGACGUUUUUCCGACCGAGACGCGGCAGUCGCUCCCGCCUCGGCCGCCUACCCCGCCGGCUGCUUCGUCGCUCAACGCGUACGAGUAUUUCUGGCGGAGCAAGCCGGGGUUCAUGAUGAGCAGCAAGAAGACGAAUCAAGAUUUGGUGCUAUACAUGUGGGGAUGCAAAGAGGGGAGGAGGUCUCUUAUUUGGGAGCCAUAUUGCAUAGCCACUUCUUGAUUAUUAUAAUUGUUGAAGGAAAGUAAUGAUUUUUAAUUCACCUCAAGAAUUGCAAAAAAAAAAAAGAUGAAGAAAAAUGUUGAUUUUAAUUUUUAACUGGUUAAUAUUGUUGAUCUUCCUCUUCCCAUUGCCCCUGUUGUUCCCAAGAGAUCUGUGUAGCCAGAAAUAAGAAUUAAUGGGAGUGAGCACAAAAACUUGCUCUUUUUUCCAUCA